AGUUUUGGAGUUAUUUAUAUUAUUAAGCCAAACCCCAGAUUUCCACAAGACGUUACCAUGGCAGCAAUAGCGGAAUGUAACACUGUAGUAGGGCGAUGACGAAGUGAAAUAGACUUGUGGCACGUUUAAGUGGUUGUUUGGAUAUUUUUGUCAACUCCAUUCUAUCGUUCGUCGCGAUCCUUUGAAAGAAACCCUAAUGGUCGUCUAAUAGGAAAAAAAUGAGUGGAGGAUUAGCUCCAAGCAAAAGCACAGUUUAUGUGUCUAAUUUGCCCUUCUCAUUGACAAACAAUGACUUAUACAGGAUUUUUUCCAAAUAUGGCAAAGUGGUUAAAGUUACAAUUAUGAAAGACAAAGAUACCCGAAGGAGUAAAGGGGUUGCAUUUAUUUUGUUUUUGGAUAAAGAAUCGGCACAGAACUGUUCUCGGGCACUUAACAAUAAGCAACUGUUUGGAAGAGUAAUAAAAGCAAGUAUUGCUAUUGACAAUGGAAGAGCUGCAGAAUUCAUCCGAAGGCGAAACUACUAUGACAAAUCAAAGUGCUAUGAAUGUGGAGAAGCAGGACACUUAAGCUAUGCUUGUCCUAAGAAUAUGCUAGGAGAACGUGAGCCACCCAAAAAGAAAGAAAAGAAGAAAAAGAAGAAAAUAGCUGAACCAGAAGAAGAAAUUGAGGAUGAAGAAGAGAGUGAAGAUGAAGGAGAAGACCCUGCUCUUGACAGCCUCAGUCAAGCUAUAGCUUUCCAGCAAGCUAAAAUUGAAGAAGAGCAACAAAGGGCAAUACAGAUUGCAGGUGAAACCUCAACAUCAGAUUCAAGACGACCACGGAUCAAGAAAAGUGCAUAUUUUAGUGAUGAGGAAGAACUUAGCGACUGAUUUGUAUUAGAUACAUACCUAUGACAUGUGUAUAUUUGUAGAGAUUGUGUGACUGCUAAAACUUCCUUGCCAUUGUAAAUAAAAAGUAUAUUACUGAAAGAAAA